UUGUAGGCGACCCACAAAUACCAACAUGACAGUGACUGUUCAGAGAAGUUCCUCUUUUAACCCUCACAAUCCUCCAACACUUCCCAAUCCUGCUUUUCCUUCAACUCAUACUGUCAUAUAUGUCGUGAGAAUGAGGUUCAUCUCAGAAAAUGUUAUUAUUCCUGUCAGGAACAGAACAGGAUCUCUCAGACAGGCUUUAGGAUCUGUCCUGCUUUAUCUAUGGGAUGUGUACUCUGCACCUGCACCUGCCGGCAGAGACGUCCCAACUCUACUGUCUCUCUGUUUCAUACUCACCGUUGUCACUGGCGGCCUGCUUCAUCACUGGCUGUCAAAUACUUUGAAAUACAACCACGACGCGUCCAUUCAGACCGCCUGCAUCUAUGGCGCGGCCAUGUUUCUGGUCUCGUUCCUGUGUCACCCUCUGCGCUGUGUGCUGACCAUGACUCUGCCCACCGUCUGCACCAAGCAGGGACGCAAACUCCUCAUCACAGCCUCUGUCAUGAUUCUCCUUCUGAACGUCAUCCCUAAUAUCACGGUGAACGUGGGCGUGGUCGCUCGCAUCUUAAAGUGCACCGCUGAGGGAUUCACAAAGACUUUAUUAAACUCGUCUGAACCUUUCAAUAAAGCCAAGCGAGACCUCGUUGAGGAGGCCAUCAAAGUGAAGCGGGAAGACUUGAGCAUCGUCACCAACUUGAGGAAGUUAGAUCAUUUCACGCAUGUUGAUGUGUCAGAAGUCAGAAGCAGGUUUACUAAGAUGAUUGCGCAGAUAGAGUUCAACUUCUCACAUGCCAGGAAACUGCUAAAAGAAUACAAACUGCUGUCGAACCGCAUCCUCGCUGCCAUUUUUGUGGCAAUACUAAUCUUUGAAUCUGCCCGUUACUUAAAAUCCUAUCUGGCAUCUGUUAAGUUUGAUAACGACUACAUCUCCAAAGGGCUCUCGCAAAGAGCGAAAAAGAAAACUUAUCCCACAAGAUGCAAAAUAACAAGUCAGGAAUGUACCUCCUGUUUCAUAUCACUGGUUGUGGUAACAUUGUAUUUCAUUGCAAUAACUUUAAUAGUAGCUUUGGAUUACGUUGUGUAUCACAUAGUUCAGGCGAUUGUGCCGUGGAUACUGGAUUUCUCACCGACAUCUGCGAGCAUAAGUGUCAGUUAUAAGGUUCAGUGGUUCCCCCCUGCCUUUUGUAUCAUCCCACAAUUCUGUGUCACACGGGAGCUCACAAACUUCCAAAGGGACUACAAGUGGACUUUCAACCCCGAGCCGUCGCUCUGUGAGGCGACGACUUCAGCUCCGAACCUGGGAGUCACACUGUUGCUGGGAUGUCUCUGGGUGAUGAGCUACUCGCUGGUGUUCCUCGAGGUUUACGCCAGACGGCUGCGCAGGAAAAUCUCUGCAUCCUUUUUCAGAGAGCAAGAGGAGAGAAGAAAGUCUUACUCGAUGAAGAACGUACGAGUGAAGCAGAGUAGAACAAAGCAAGUAGAGCACAUUUCUGUUGAGCUUGGCAGUGGGUGAACGUUUACUGGACAAUGCAACUGUUGGCAAAUGUUUCUGAGGAUCAUUUCAGCCAUGCUGGGAUAGCAAUGUUGGUGUGUGUUGAGAUUACAACAAUUAUAUUAUUAUAAUUAUGAUAUUAUUAUAUUAUAUAAUGGUGACGGUUAUAAACCAUUUCAAAUGUGAAGGCCAGUCUUGGGCCAUAUGAAAUUUUAGAAAUACCAAAAAUAUGAAGCGUACCUCAGGAGGUAGAGCGGCCAUCCACUAAGCGGGAAGUCGGUGGUUCAAUCCCAGGCCCCUGCAGUUUCCUUGGGCAAGAGACUGAACCCCAAAUUGUCUGUGAGAGUGCUGUGAAUGUGUAUCGCUCCUGGGGAAAAGCGGGCAUUUUGUAUGAUAACCUCUGCUGACUUGUGUUAUAAAGCACGUUGAGUGGUCGCUAAGAUUAGAAAAGCUACAAAUAAUGCAAUCCAUUUACCCCCCAAAUGGUUUGGUUCUCCACAAUAUGCAGUAAUUAGGCGUCCGGAGGGGGAUUCAGCCGUAGUAUUAUGGGGCCACUGUAGCAGUGUGCAUUUGCCUCAAAGCAUUGCUGUGCCUAAACACCGCCUCAUAGAGCUGCUAUAGCGCAACUGCAAACUGUAAAUAAGGAGACAGCACAUCACUCACUGCUCUUCUUGUGUCUGCUAAACUGAAGAGAGCAUCCUGUGUGCCAACACCUUAACAUGUGCAGGCGUGUUACCACUCGCCACACUAAAACCUGAUGUGGUUUUUAUAGAUGUAUACCACCUCAUCUGCUCAGGUGGUUGUUUUUUAUAUAAAUGUUGCAGAGCUGGUGUUUUACUGUAUAUUUUUCUCUGUAAUGUGUGUGUGUGUGUGCAGUAUCAUUUGUCUUCUUGUGUGGUUCAGUAUAAACUUGUGUUAUUUCUUGUUUGCCUUAUCUCUUUACCCCACUGUCCCACUAGAUGCCACUAUGGUGCUUUGGGCAGCUGAGGCUAGAGAAUAAAAUGCACCUCCUGUCAGGAAAGGAACAGCAAUAGAUUGGAUCUUACAGUUUUUAUGAAUAUUUUAUUGGCCUAGAUGAAUUUAAUAGAUUAAAUUAAUCAGUUUCAUGUGCACAGCGAAUAAUUCACCAGCCUAUUUUAAUCAGUGUGCCCUUACUACAAAAAAAGAAGAUAUCUUUCUCUGAAAACGUUUUGCAUUUUUAUCAGCACACCCCUUCUUAAAAAUCCCAUGAGCCCUCAGGAGUGUAUUUUAAGAUACAAUCCUAAUAAUAAUUAUUAUUAUAGAAUACCUCUUUAUCAUCUAUUUUUAAUUCUGACUUUUUGUUCACUUCAGCAGUUUGUGUAAAGAUGAUGCAUAGAACUAUUCAUGCCUUUUCCAUCAUGAAUUUUAGCAUCAGAGUGUUGCUGUUUGUGUGUGACAUUGCUGGGCUUAUUGCUAGUGAACUAAAUGAUCAAGUAUUCAACAAAAGUAAAUAAAAUGUAGCCGUUCAUGUCCAA